GAAGUUAUGCAUUAUGCUGUCGCUUUCUGCAAUGUUUGGUGCGCUGCUAUUUGGCAAGAGCAACCUACAGUUCCAAGGAAUUUUUGUGAUACGCAUGACCACUCCAAAUAAAACCUUCGUUCACAGUCUGAAUAGCGCGGCACAGGGUAAUAGACACAGUCACUGAGAAUAACCUACAUCCAAUAUCCCCCGCUCAGCCAGCAUAUCCCAGACUCUUGCCUGGCUGUACAUCAACGCGAUCAUGGAUCAAGCAUUGGAAAUUGCCCGAUGGGACCUGGAGUGUGAGUUCAACAACACAGACCACCGUACGGAGCUCAACGGGGUGGAGCACCUCAUCGUUAGAAGGGGCCAGCCGUUCACCAUAAACCUGCACCUCCGCUCGGGGGUCUACCAGCCUGGUGUCAGUGCCCUCGACCUCACCGUGGAGACAGGUCCCCAGCCCAAUGAUCAGUAUGGCACACGGGCCUCCUUUGGUCUGAUUGACCAAAUCGACACCUCCCGCUGGAGUGCUGCCGUCACCAGUCCCCCCGGGAACAUGGUGUCCCUGUCCAUCUGUUCCCCCCCGGACGCGCCUAUCGGACGAUGGCGCCUGACCCUGGGUCAGGGGGGCUUGGUGGAGUUUGUGCUGCUCUAUAACCCUUGGUGCACAGGCGAUGUGGUGUACAUGGACAGUGAGGAAAAACUGACGGAGUACGUCUUGGCUCAAGAUGGUAUCAUUUUCCGAGGCAGCUGUGAACACAUCAUCUCUACACCUUGGAACUUUGGCCAGUUUGAGGAUGGGAUCCUGGAAGCUUGUCUGAGAAUCCUGGAUAUGAACCCGAAGUGCCUGCGUAACCCUGGGAAAGACGCUUCCGGGAGGAGAAACCCAAUCUAUGUGUCCAGAGUCCUCAGUGCCAUGGUGAACUGCAAUGACGACAAAGGGGUCUUGCUGGGCAGGUGGACUAAAGACUAUGAGGGCGGGGUGAGCCCCAUGUCAUGGAGGGGCAGUGUGGAGAUCCUGCGGAACUGGGACAUGAAUGCCUGUCAACCUGUGCGCUUUGGCCAAUGCUGGGUGUUUGCAGCAGUGGCCUGCUCAGUUUCACGAGCCCUGGGCAUCCCUUGUCGAGUAGUCACCAACUACUAUUCAGCCCACGACACCAACAGUAACCUGGUGAUAGAGCGCUACGUGGAUGAGAACGGACAACUUGUUUCGCCUUCGAAAGACAUGAUAUGGAACUACCACUGCUGGGUCGAGAACUGGAUGACCAGACCUGACCUUAAACCAGGUUAUGAUGGCUGGCAGGUCAUGGACCCCACACCACAGGAGAAGAGUGAAGGAGUUAACUGCUGUGGCCCUAUCCCACUGAAAGCCAUCAAGGAGGGCGAGCUCACUUAUAAAUAUGAUGCCCCAUUUGUGUUCGCUGAGGUCAACGCUGACGUGCACACCUUUAUUAAGCGUGAAGAUGGCAGCACAAAGAAAAUCAUCAGCUACGUCCAAGUGGGCCAGAAGAUCAGCACUAAGAGUGUGGACAGUGAUAGAAGAGAGGACAUUACACACCUGUACAAAUACCCUGAGGGUUCUGACGAGGAAAGGGAGGCCUUUACAAAAGCCAACCACCAGAACAAACUUCUGCAGCAGCAAGAGAAUGCUGGCCUGCUUAUCGUUAUCAAGGUUUCCGCGGAGAUGAGGAAGGGCUGCGACUUUGACGUGUUCGCCGUGGUUAUGAAUAACACGCCCAAUGAGAAAAAGUGCCGUCUGGUGUUCGGCUCUAGAGCUGUGUCCUCCAACGGCAUUCUGGGAGAGAACUGUGGGUUCAAAGACCUGCUCAACGUAGAGUUGGCACCUGGAGAAGAGAAGCGGGUUCCUCUGAGAAUGAACUACUCCAAGUAUGUCGAGAACCUCACUGAGGACAAUUUGAUCCGGCUGGCGGCUCUGCUCCUAGACUACGGCACCCAAGAGACCUAUCUUGCUGUGAGGAACGUUGAACUGGAAAACCCUGAGAUCAAAAUCAGGAUUCUUGGGGAACCCAAAGAGAACCGUAAGCUGGCGGCUGAGAUCACCCUACAGAACCCUCUGCCAGUACCACUGCAGAACUGCUGCUUCACCGUGGAGGGGUCCAACCUCACUGGAGGACAGAUCAUCACUGAGAAACUUAACUCCACGGUGGAACCCGGGCAAGAUGCCAAGGUCAAAAUCUACUUCACGCCCACCCAUUCAGGCCUGAGGAAACUGGUGGUCGACUUUAACAGCAAUAAGCUGUGUCACGUCAAGGGAUACAGGAAUGUCAUCAUCGGCAAGUAGAGGACCCACCCUGAGCCUACACGCUAUGCAUAUUUCUAUACCCCAAGAUCUCUUUUAUCACCUAUAGAUAUACAUUUCUCUGUUUGUUAGAAUUAUAUCAUAUCAUCAAGUAAGAUUCUGAGUAUGUGUAAAUGUACUUGGCAAAUAAAGGUGAUUCGGAUUAUACAUUUUUGCAUGCAAAGCUUAGAAAGUUAGGACUUUUAUAUUUUUGCUUAUUGAUAUAUUUUAAAUGAAUUUAUUUACAAUAUAGUGCACACUAGAGGCCUUUUCAUAUAAAUGGACGCAAAACAACAUUUACAUUUUCGGGCUCACUUUAAAAAAAAACUAUUGUCAAGCAAAUCCACUAUUUGUUGGGAUUAGAAGUCUGUGCAAGUAAAGCUUUAUAAUGUCAUAUUUUUAUUACGCUUUUUGAUACAGUAAGUGGCCUAUGUUGAACAUGAAUAUAUUGACAAUGCUGCAGACUAGUAUUGCUAAUAGUUAUAGAAGUAUUAAAUGGAUUUGGAUUGUCUAUUAAAAGUCUACAAUGAUGAAUGGCAUAAUGUGUACUAUGUAAUAUUUGUAUACUCAGUUUGCAGUAACCACUAUCAUUAAAAUGUAUUGGAUUAUA